GAGAAACAGUGAUUCAAAGAAACCAAAGACGCUUCUUGCAUGUGAAUUUGCACCGCUGCCCUGUGUGUUUGUCGUCGAGGGACAUUUGGACGCGCAGAGACAGAUCUGACUGAGGACAGAGCGGCUCUUGUUGUCCCUGAAUCCACAGGCUCAGGCUCCAGCAGCCUCCCUCACCUCCAGUCAGGCCAGUGAAGUGCGACCUCCGACCCAGCUGAGAUGGCUCCCACCCUGGCCACCGCUUUCUCCCGCCGCUGGUGGAUGGCGGUGACGGCGGUCAUCGAGAACUUGCUUUUCUCCGCUGUGCUGCUGGGCUGGGGAUCCCUGCUCAUCAUGCUCAAGUCUGAGGGCUUCUACUCGUACCUGUGCAAAGGGCCAGAAAACAGCUCCAGCCUUAACCUCUCCAGCUCGUCUAACAAGUCUGGUGAUGAUGAGGAGUAUCUGGAGAUGAACGGCUGGCCCAUCUGCAAAGACCAGGACGAGAUGCUGAACCUGGCCUUCACUGUGGGCUCCUUCCUGCUGUCCGCCAUCACCCUGCCCAUGGGCAUCGUCAUGGACAAAUAUGGUCCCCGGAAGCUACGACUUUUGGGCAGUGCCUGCUUUGCCUUCUCCUGCCUCCUCAUCGCCUACGGUGCCAGUGAUCCCAACAAUCUGUCCAUCCUGAUCUUCUUUGCUUUGGCGAUGAAUGGGUUUGGAGGCAUGUGCAUGACCUUCACUUCUCUGACACUCCCCAACAUGUUUGGGGACCUGAGGUCAACCUUCAUUGCCCUGAUGAUUGGAUCUUACGCCUCCUCUGCUGUCACUUUCCCCGGCAUCAAGGUGAUCUAUGAUCUGGGUGCCACCUUCAUCAUGAUCCUGCUGGUUUGGGCCGCCUGCGCCUGCCUCGUCUUCCUUAACUGCUUCGUCAACUGGCCUCUGGAGCCUUUCCCCGGACCAGAGGACAUGGACUAUACGGUGAAGAUCAAGUUCAGCUGGCUGGGCUUUGACCACAAGAUCACCGGGAAGCAGUUUUAUCGGCAGGUGACCACCGUGGGGCGCCGUCUCAGUGUCGGCAACUCCAUAAAGCAGCAGCACCAGCCGCCCAAAGAUCUGGCCACGCAGGAGGCCAACAAGCUGUGCCUGUCCACGGUCGACCUGGAGGUGAAGUGCAAGAGCAAGGAAGAGACUCAGUCCUUCAUGAAGAGUAUCUUCAGUCCCAUCUUCUUGCUGAGCCUCAUCACCAUGUGUGUGACGCAGCUGCGCCUCAUCUUCUACAUGGGAGCCAUGAACACCAUCCUGGAGUCGCUGACGGAUGGAGACCUCAGCACAGUGAGUGUUUACACGUCCAUCUUUGGGGUGCUCCAGCUUUUGUGUCUGGUCACCUCCCCUGUGAUCGGCUACGUCAUGGACUGGAGGCUCAAAGACUGCGAGGAUGAGAAUGAAAAAUGUGCCAAGAGGGAGCCCGGUCAGCCCCGUCGCCCCGACAAACAGAUCCAGAAGAUCGUCAACGCCACCAGAGCCUUCAUCUUCACCAACCUGCUCCUGGUUGGUUUUGGAGUCACCUGCAUCGUCCCGAACCUGCCACUUCAGAUUCUGUCAUUUAUCCUGCACACUAUUGUCAGAGGCUUCAUCCACUCUGCAGUCGGAGGCCUCUAUGCUGCUGUGUACCCGUCCUCUCAGUUUGGCAGUCUGACAGGCAUGCAGUCUCUGAUCAGCGCUCUGUUCGCUCUGCUGCAGCAGCCUCUCUUCAUGGCCAUGGUGGGGCCCCUGGAUGGAGACCCUCUCUGGGUGAACGUGGGCCUGUUGGUGCUGAGCAUGCUGGGAUUCUGCCUCCCCCUCUACCUGCUGUGCCACAGCCGCCACCUCCAGCGCCUCAGAGACGAGCGCGACGAGGAUCCCAAGAUCUACGUCAAGAUCAACGACGACAGCAAGCCCGAGGCUUACGUUUAGACCGAUGAAAGACCGGAGAUGAUCUUUAAAAAAAGCAGAGAGGACGGAGAGACAUAAAAAGAGGAGGACAGAGAAGAAGAGAGGGGAGGGGAGAUAAUGGAGGUCACUUGCCUGUGUGACACCUCUCUCAGUUCUUCUAAAAUCAGACGAUUCACAAUAUAAAACUGAACACCACUGACACUGUCUCACCCCCUCUGAUGCUAUACACUGUGAGACACACACACACACACACACACACACACACACACACACACACGCCUGAGAGCUCCCACUCCCUCGACUGCAUCUCUGAAAUGGGAGAAAGAAGCUAUGAUGGACUUUUGACGUCUCCCAGUGUGACUCCUCUGUGCAUCUUUUCUUAUCUGUCACUGACUGGUCGACUGGUUAAACCUCUGCCAGUCAAACAUAAAAAAUUUUUAAAAAACACAGAAGAAGAAGAUGCCAGCCAGCGAAAAGCCACAGUGAGGAGAUUUCAUCCGAAUGCCGUUCAACCAGUAAACUUUCACCUCUCUCAGACAGCACAAGCCAGAGUUUCAUGGGGCUGCUCGGUGUGUGUCAUGACGACUUAAAUGUCCUUUGUGAGACAGAAACACACACUCAAGUGGCACCCUCGAUCAUGGUUUCCUCGUGCUCGAGGGCAUUUAGUGAAUCCACAGACAGCAGUAUUGGUAGCAGUUCAGAUCGAAAACACAGUAUGACGGUUUUUUUAAUCAUGACGCACUGAUAGUCCAGACUGCAGCAUCUGUGUGUGUGUGUUACAUAACGCAGUGUUUCUGGGGUUAGAUAAACGACACUGCAUGAUGCCAGAGACAGUGCUGGCCCUUUAUUACUGUUUCAUUCAGUCACUAGUGCAGGAAGACACCCUCAACAUGCCAUAUCGGUCAGUUUUAUUUUGUUUUUUAGCUCAUGAAUUUCUUUUGUGUUUGAAAUAUGUAACCGUUUUUAUCAGAUGUAUUUACUUGCAAUAUGAACGCAGAUGUUAAAUCUUUGCUCCCUAUUCAUCAUCUGACAAUGUGGAGGAGAAAAUGUGUUGCAGACGGGACAAAGAUAAUAGAUGCGGUGUGUGUUUUUAAAGGUCGGAGCAGUGUCGAUCCACUCGUGACACACACACGAGUUUGAUUCGUUGUAGCAAUAAGUGCUUCUGUGAGGUGCUGGGCAACACAAUCACACAGACAGGCAAAUUUGUAUAUUUUAUGAACUGUUUUAAAAAAAGGUGCUAGUCCAAUCAUAGUUUUUUUGCAUUUUGCUUUAAGGGGCAAUUGAGGUCUUUUUACCACAAAGCAACAAAUUGCCGUCAAAUUGCUCACAAGAGCUGUUUUCUUUAUUCGAUGACACAGUGGAUUCCAAAGAAUCAGUCAGGCUGGCGUUUCAAAUGACUACUUCGCUCUUGGUUUCUUAUCGGUUUGUGGUUAUUCUGCACCGUAACGAAACGUGCAGCGGCAGCAGCAGCUCUGGGAAACUUGAAUUCACCUCUUACAGACAUAAAGGGAGAUUUGUUGGCUGAUAAAUACACUCGCCCUUCCAUCUUCUGAGAAAAGUGGAGUGCAAUGAGACUCAACAACAGACAAUAAAGAGUCUUUGAAAAGUCCAGAAGAGAAGCGCAGAGUGUGCAGAGAAUAAUACAGGGAGAUAAUAAUUUGCUGUUAGAUUCAACCUGAAUGCCAUACAGAGAAUCUCUGAUAUUUCCUGCCUGGCAGUAACUCACAGAGGCACUUCCAAAGACAGCCAUGACCCUCACAGUGCCUCUUUAUGUGUCCAGAAGAUGGGAGGAGUGGAUUCAGGCAGGAUGUGGCGCACCCAGUCCCUCUCUCCCUCCAUCUGUCUUACCAUCUUUCAUCCACCCGUCCGUCUGCAAACUUGAAAUGUUUACAGCUGACAGGUGACUGAGCUGAGAGACGAGCCUCUGCUGCCAUCAGUGAGAAACGAAUGGCACACGAUGCACUUUAGACCCCUUAGAAAUGGACCUCAGUCAUGUAGUUCUGACGCCCGCACUGUAUCGUACGUGCAGUGCAUGGUCGCUUACCAGUGGUGCAUGAUGCAAAGAAUGUAUACCUAGAGCUUCAAAUUUAUAAUCUAGAACAUGGGAACGGAGAGAUGCUGUUAUUUUUCUAUAUUCACAGAUAAAAACUAUUGUUUCACAUGUUCAUUUAUAUGGCCUUGAUGUGCACGGACAGUGUGGCAGAGCCUUGUCUCUCAGCUCAGGAACAUAAGCGUGGACGUACCAGUCGCAUAUUAGGCGUGUUCAUCCCUAUUAGUUAAACCGCAUGAGUUUUAGCGAGAGAAUUGCACGGAGUAAAAUUGGUGAUAAUUUAACAGUGUUUAGUUAGGUGACAAUUGUGAAGAAACUUUUGUUAAGUGAAAAAAAACAACCAUUUCAUUUGUAAUUUAAAUGCUUGCAUAGAAAAAUACAUUCACAAAUGUACGUGCCAUUAAAAGCACACUUUUGGUCAUAGAUCCUCAUCAGACAUUAAAGUCCAUAAUCACAACUUUGAAUUUGCAAUAAACCUACGCGGAUAGUAUGCAGGGAUUCAUUA